AUGAACGCUCAUCAUCUGCGUGCUAUUCUUUUAAAACUACAAGAUCGUCUGACUGAUGAUGACCGAAAACGUUUACAUUUCUUCUUCGGCAAUGAUGUACCACGACGAAUUAGAGAUGAUCCAUCACUUGGUGGCACUCUCAGUCUCAUGGAAUCUCUAUUUGACCAAGAUAAAAUCAAUGAAGAAGAUUUCACAUUUUUGAUAAAUGCAUUCGAAGCAAUUCAGUGUAUUGACACUGCAAAACUUUUGAGAGAACACAUGAGACAAAGAGAGCCGAGUGAAAUAAAAUCGUCGAUGAAAAGUCUAGUUGAAAUAUUGCCAAUUACAAUGAAAGAACUUUUUGAUGAUCAGGAAAGUGAUACAUAUGACAUGGAAUUUCGUGAGCGUAAAUUGUUUCAUGUUUCUGCUCUUGCUUCAUUUUCAAGAUUGAAUUUAGCCUUCCUUUCUGAGACAAACAUGAAUGAUGACCACGACAACAUGGCGAUAAAUGAUAAAGAUGAUAAAAAUAUUAAUUCAAUUGCUACUCCUACACAUGAUCAAACACGGUUACCUUUGCAAUCGAAACAGAAACGGUAUAUUAAUGAUUAUAUUCGGAGUAGUAAGUGGAAUCUAUCUACAUCGUGCAUUACUAAAUAA